AUGUCAAACGAUCAAUUAACAAUCAAGACCUUGAGAAAAUUAAACUCUAGGCUUGCAUCCGAGAUUACUGAACUUAGAAAGGAGAAUGCUGAAAUUCCUGAACUUCGAAAAAAAUUUUCCGAAGAAAUCGAUCAAUCUUCAGUUAAUACCACCUCUACCGAAAUGAAAAAUUCUAACGAUACUUCGGCAUCUAAUAUAUCUGAUAAUACUUCGAAUUCUGAUGUUGCUCCUGAACGAAUAGAAAAUAGGCAACAAUUGGUACAAAAAACAUCUUCCUCUUCUGAUACACAAAAUGCAAUUUCUACUGAGAUAAAUCCUAUUAACGAAAUUACCCAUGAUCAUAAAACUACCCGAUUAGAAUUAAUACCUACUGAUCAAGCACAAAAUACUGGAGGCGACGUAAGUUGCUUUGCGAAGCAAAUAAAAAUUCCAUAUAAUAGAAGGGUAGAGCAAGACUUAAGGCACGGCUUAUCUGUGUUCAUUAAAGAGAAUAAUAAUAAAGUUAGUGAACCGAUUUGUUUAUUAUAG